AUGGCAACCCUCAACAACAGUCACUGGAACGCGACUACGUCCCUUUACCAAUACCUUGGUUUUCAAGUGCAAAAGAUUUACCCUUUCCAUGAUAACUGGAACACUGCCUGCUUUAUUAUUCUGGUGCUAUUUAUCUUUACCGUAGUUUCUCUGGUGGCGUUGGCUUUCCUUUACGAGUUGCUUGACUGUUGCUGCUGUGUGAAAAAUAAAACCAUGAAAGACCUAGAGAAUGAAUCCAAUCCAGUUAGAACCAUGAUGGACAGCUUUAGAAAGAGAGAAACAGAAGUGGUGUAG